GUGCACAGAAAGAGAGGAGGAAAACUCAGAGGGAAGUGGCCUCUCACCAAAACCGUUUGCGUUCUCAAUACUGGCCAGAUUGAAACUGCCACUCCGAGAAGAGAGGCCCAGACCCAGAACUCCCACCUGUGUGAGGCCCUGAAGCCCCUGAUGAAUCCCCGAAAGAAAGUGGACUUGAAACUUAUCAUUGUUGGUGCACUUGGUGUGGGAAAGACCUCUCUCCUUCACCAAUAUGUACAUAAAACAUUUUUUGAGGAAUACCAGACCACGCUGGGGGCCAGCAUCCUCUCCAAAAUCAUCAUAUUGAAUGACACAACUUUGAAGCUGCAGAUCUGGGACACAGGUGGUCAGGAGCGGUUCCGCUCAAUGGUAUCAACAUUCUACAAAGGUUCCGAUGGUUGUAUCCUGGCAUUUGAUGUUACGGAUCCAGAGUCCUUUGAAGCCCUGGAUAUCUGGAGGGAUGAUGUCCUGGCAAAGAUUAUCCCUAUGGAGCAGUCAUAUCCCAUGGUGGUGCUGGGGAACAAAAUCGAUCUGGAAGAUAGGAAGGUGUCCCAGGAGGUGGUCCAUGGAUGGUGUAAAGAGAAGGAUAUGCCAUAUUUUGAAGUUAGUGCGAAGAAUGACAUCAAUGUGGUACAAGCCUUUGAGGUUCUGGCUAGCCGGGCUCUGUUGAGGUACCAGGGCACCGCAGAGAACCACCUCAUAGACUCCAUCAAGCUCUCUCCAGGCCAGCCAAAGAGCAGAUGCUGCUGAUCUCGGAUACCCUCCAGACUCCCAAUGACAGCUGUGCAGCCAUUCCAAGUGCAAUCCCACCAGCCGGUACUCAGCUAGGAGGCUGGGGCACUGCAGCAGCAGAGAACGUCACAGGCAAAUCCUGGCCCCAGAGAAAUCACGGGCGUCUCCAUGACUCAAGCUCCUCUUUCUCCUCUGCCUCAACACCGUCCUGCUCAUCUCUGCAGACAAACUGCUCCCUUCAGCACCACGGACCAACAGGUUUGGAUGGAGAUGCAGUUCUGAUUCCCUCAGCAGCCAGAACAUGGACCGGACCACUCCUGACAGGCAGAAGCCUACAGGCCGGAGACUUCCCACAGCUUUUUUCAGGGAGAGCUGAGGGAGCAAGAUAAAAAUAGUUGUACCUAUUUCCUGGGUGCUCAAACAGCUCCCAUAACUGACCAGGCCUCAGUGUGCCCUCUGCCAAAUGAGAGUUCCUAAGGCUUCCCCAUAUCCUAGGGCAAUUUGAGAACCAUAAUCUCAUUUAAAUCCCACGUGCUGGUGUGGACACACAUGCUCACUCCUUUGGAGAGUAUUUUUGAUGCCUUCGAUGUACAUUGCACUGAAGUCACCAGACACACAAAGCAGACAUGAGUCCUUCACUCCCAGAAGCGCACCUGGAGAGAGAGGGCCAGCAGACAUGAGCUAGACAGAUAACAGCAACGAGGUACUGUUUUAGACAAAGGGGCCAAAGGGCUUUCCUGUGACAGUGACCGUUGUGCUGGCAGCUGCAGGAAGAGCUACAGGAAGAACAUGCCAGGAGAGGGAGCAGCUAGGCCAAGGCUCUGAGGCAAUGGGCAGAGUGCUGCAUUCCAUUCCCUGAGGACUCAAAGCUGCUAUCUCAGAGAAAAAAAGGCCAGGGAUUUCCUGUCCCCAGAAGGUACCUUGAUCAUUUGAUGACUGGCCACAAGGGGGCAGAAGUGUCCUCUGCUUUCAGGCUGAGGAGUUCUGGGAACACUUGAAAAGCUGGUGUUUGUGUCAAGAAAAUGGCUGAAGCUUGUUCCCAGGCUGUAGGAAUGUCUAACCUGGGCUAGUUGGGUAAAAAAAAAAAAAAAAUCAAAUGUCUUGAUUCAGGCAACAAAUCGAAAUCAGAGACAGAUCCCAGAGCUGUAGAUUCUGUGUCCUGUUCAUUUCAAAGCUAGAACCUAUUUUUUUUUCUUCUUCUGGCUUCACACUGCACAGAUAGGGUGGCCUAUUCUGAAGGAGGUGGACACAACGAACAUUCAGGGUCUUCAGUGGUCAGGUUCAUACCUCAUGCCUUCCACAGACAUUCCUGUCUCCACAGAAGUCUUCUUUCCUGAGUUCCAAGCAGAUCCGAGGUGUUAAUCUCUAGGAAGCCAGCCAGGGGGUACUAACUGGGGGUCUGGGGGCUCUGUCUGCACCCGCCUAGCUCUGAGGUAUAAAGCAACUUACUAAGGACAGCAGUCACAGGAACAGUGAGCCCUGCGUCCUUCAGAGAUGAACACUGUGCCCCCGUCACACAUUGAUGUGGCUCUCCUGGAAGUCAGACUGUGGAGGGAUGUGUGGUGUGUCGAGGGGGUGGGGUGCAUUCGGCAGCACGAUGAACAUAAGGACCAUAUCUAAGGGUACGCAGCAAAUAGUAUGUGUUUCCAUUGUUUAUAUCCUUUAUGGGACAAUAGUCCCUCUUGGUCAGUGAUACCAGUCUCAGUUACCCAUGGUCAACUGUGGACCAAAAAUAUUAAAUAGCAAAUCCCAGAAAUAAAUAACUUACA